AUGCAGGGCUUGAGACCCAGGAUACGUUCUAUCUCGGGGGACAAUGAGGCGGACCUCGUCGCCCUUGGGGAAUCUCAGACGGUUACGCCGACAAGAGCCUCCAAGUCGAGAGAUUUGCUGUCCUCACCAUUGGCCGAGGUGGACCUAGGAGGCCACGUGCGCAUUGAAGCUGGCUAUGAUGAGCGCGAGCUGAACGAGGUACUGAGUUUCAAUGCAAGCAUAUACGAUCUUACAAUACAGUACUCCUGUCUGGCCUGCACAGGUUGUGGCGAGGGGCAGGAUGCCACCGUUUUGCUUAACCUCGUGCUGUUCUUGGGGCUGCAAGUGGGCAAUGUCUUCUUGCAGAUGUUCCUGCUCUUCGAAAUCGAAUUCCUAAUUGCGUUUCCAGCCAUGGAGCAUGCGCGGGACCUGUACGCCCUUUUCACGGAUCACUGCUAUGGGGAGGGCCUCAUGGAUUCCAGUGAGGACGUCGGCAUCCUCUUUCAGUCGUGGGAUGGCACAGCCAAAGCGGAGCUUUGCCAAUUUCCGCUGACGAACCCCACGUUUUUCUUCAUGGUGAUUCUGAUUUGGACCUUUUUCUUAGGGCACGAGCUCAAGCAGACGGUCUACUUCUUCUGGCACACUCUUCGGCUUCAUCGGCCGACUGAGGGCUGCGUGUGCAUUGUCGAUCAUCAGGACCAGAACCAGUUUGUCAUCACGCACAUGAGUGGACUUCUGAAGUUCUGGAUAGCACUCAUCGUGUUUCUCCCCAAGUUCAUCAUCGCGAUUGUACUGUGGUACAUAGGUGCGCGUUGGUUGACAGCCACGCCUGGUGUGGACAACCUCAUGCUGAACUCGUUGGCGCUCACAUUUAUUUGUGAGCUGGACGAGCUGAUCUUUCGUACGUGCACCUCCGAGAACAUCAAGGUUGUGACAGAACUUGGGGCCUUCGUGGGCUAUUCUGCCGUGCGGUUCAGCAGCGAGCUGCGGAGGUGCCCGGGACAGAGCUCCUUGCGCCUGACCUCUUUGGAGGUGAAUCCGCUGCACGUCUCUGUGGCCCGCUUUCUGCUGGACAUCGCUGGCCUCUCCCAGGUCGCAGAGGUCCGACCAGGCCAAGUCAAGGAUGUGGUGCCGCAGCUGGUGGAAGAGCUUGGCUUCCACAGCACAGGAGUUUGCUUCAUGGACCAUCGUGGGACGAUCUUCCAUCAGGACUUCAACCUGCUCCUGAGUCACGGGGUCUUGGGUGCCGAGGCACAGCUCGUGGCCGACAACACGCUGAAUCCUGGGGCGCCUCUCUUCCUCUGGGAACGCUUCCACGGGCAUCACCGUGGGCGACUCCUUUCAACCACAUGCUGGUCUCUGACAGAGUUCCUAGCAGAGCACGAAGAUUGGACGUCCACUUCUGAAUGGAGACCUGCCCCGACAGAAAGACAACUUGGAUAG